UAUUCUCCUGAUCCCCUGAUCCAUUCACUUCUCUCUCUCCAGUCUCUCCCUCUUCUCUCUUGCAUUCUCUCGCUCUCGCUCACACACGCGUACAUACGCAUAAACGCGCAGAUUUUUCCCGAGGAAAUUUCGAGUCGCGGAGAGUUGAUCCUUUCUUAGAAUUCGUUCAUUGUAGAUCAAUAUCGCAUGACGAGGUUAAAUAGGUGGUGAAUGGUAAAGCGUUUUUCCUUCAGCAGUUAUCUGCUUGCCUGAAUUCGUCGAAAGAUCAGUGGUUCAUAAUGAGUUGGAGUCAACAUAUGGAUGUUCCUUACUUCAACACCAGCUACCCUUAUGGUACAACAGGGAGCUUUAUUGAAUAUUUCGAAGGCCUUACUUAUCAACAUGUAAAUUUCAUUUUUGAUGGUGCUUCACAAGUUCAGGAGAAUGUGUACCCAUCGACCAAUACAAAUUUCUACAAGUUUGGGGCAUCGGAAUCUGGGACCAUCUCAUAUUAUGAUCAUUGUGAUGCUUAUGAGGUCAAUGAUCAUGAAUUGCGGAUCGAUGAAAAUGGAAGGCCUAUGCAGAACUCAUUAGCGACUAAUGAAUCAACUACUGCAAUAAAUACAGAAUGGGAAGGGAAUGCAAAUGCUAAUUCACAUGACAACCCUAUAGAGUGUCCACGAAGACACCAUAGUUCUCGUGAUUAUCAGGUUGUUUGGCAAGAUAAUGUUGAUCCUGACAGCAUGACUUACGAGGAAUUACUCGAUUUAGGUGAAGCAGUAGGAACUCAGAGUCGAGGUCUUUCCCAAGAACUUAUCUCUUUGCUUCCAGUCUCGAAGUACAAGUGUGCAUUCUUCUUCAGAAAGAAAUCAAGAAGUGAGAGAUGUGUAAUUUGCCAAAUGGAAUACAAACGAGGCGAGCGGCGUAUCACUCUGCCAUGCAAACACAUAUACCAUGCUGGGUGCGGUACUAGAUGGCUUAGCAUCAACAAGGCUUGCCCAAUCUGCUACACUGAGGUGUUUGGUGAUGCAUCUAAAAAGUAAAGAAUAUUCAUUCAUGAACAUAAAGAAGAUAGCCUUCAUAUGCUCACUUUCUUCUUUGGAUUUCCGUGUCCUUCUCCAUACAAAAGCGUGCCUUCAUUUUCACACUUUCUGUAGAAGAGCCAUUGAUUGGCAUUUGUAAUAAUUCAGCAAUGUGAAUGUUAAACAGGAUGGAUGUUUUAGAGGCAGGACCAUUUCUGUUUUAGAAGUUCUCUUCAUUCUUUUAUG